AUGAACCCACGCUCGGUGAGCUCAGGACUGGGAAGAGGCAAUCCUCUUCCUAGUCGUGAGCACCUGACUCGCGCGGCCUCGGGGCACCUCGACAACAAGAACGUACCCCAUGCAGAGUUGUCCUCUCAGCAGCAUACAGCUUACUUGCCUGGAGCGACCAACUCUGCGCUACAGCAUAGUGUGGAUUUCCGGGAGACGCGCCCCCUACAGGGAACCCCCAGCCGACCAGCGUUUCCCGCUUUCUGGGAGCAAAAUCCGUGCUUUCUGCUGACUAUCGAGGACGACGUCUCACUGCGAGUCACGCUGAGCCGGAAUGAAGACAAGUGGAGAGGUGCCUGUGAACAGGACCUGGUGGGGUGCGCCAUGGCCCUCUACUUGCUCAAGGGCAGCAAUGUGGAGGCGGCAGCCAUUAUAGAACAUACACCUUUUGUCUCAGGAAAAACAGGCGAGUUUUUGCUUCGCAUAAGCGGCAACAACCAUAGAUUCGCUGUCCAGGAGAUAAUCCAGCAGCAGACCUAG